AUGAUGGUAGACAACUUAUUCGGCGCCGUGAAACCACUAUACUACUUGAGCAGGAUAUUUGGUCUGGCUCCAUUUUCUUUCAAUCCUAAAACCAGUAAGUUCACCUGUGCUCUGUAUGACAGAAUUUAUCCUCUUGUACUGGUAACAGCUGCAUUUGUACUGGGCGUUCUAGCCACAACAGAACGAGACGAGGCUACGCAUUUCAUACCAACUGUCGACUUGAACGAUAUGAUUGAGAUAGUAAUGGUUACGUCAUCUGGCACACUGAUUCUGCUCAAAUGGUUUCUUUCCAACUACAAGAUUGUUAAAGAUAUUCUAAAUAAGAUAAUCGAAAUCGACGAAGUUCUCCUGACUGAUUCCGUAGCGGAGUUCAGGAAAAUAUUCAGGAUUCUUAUGGUAGAAAUAGCAGUGCUGGUUCCUGCGCUUCUGUUCCUCUUCGUGUGUGAUUCCUGGACGUGGAAGGAGUCCAUGAAGAUCUUCGACCUAUGCUACUUUGCUGCGCCGUAUCCCUAUUACGCUGUGGUCGUAAUGUCAGAAACGCAGUUCUUCAACCUGGUGCUGCUGCUGAAGUGUCGCUAUGCACGAGUGAACCAAAGGCUGAGAUCGGUGUGGCAGAGAGCAGAGUCAGCUUCAUUCCUAAAGCGGUCAACACCUUGGACGGACAUGGUAGCAACCACCGACGACGGCCGCCCUAGCAGGAGACUCUUUAUUGAUACAGUGAUGCGGCAAGCCAAGAACGUUGACGACUCUGGAGAGGUUCAUCUGCUGCGUCAAGUGCACGGUCAGCUCUUCGACACAGCAGGACUCGUUAACGAAGCGUUCGGCCUGCCAAUACUGACUGCUGUCGCCGCCCACUUCAUCCACUGCGUAUCACUGCUCAACCUAAUACUAGCGCUCAAGUUACAAUACCAGCCUAUCCCGCCCAGCCAAGUGGACCUGAUGAUGCUGAACCUGCUGAGCUGGGUGGUGCUGCACGUCAGCUGCGUGCUGGCCGUCACGUGGUGCUCCAGCUCCGCUGUCGCCGAGGCCCGCCAGACAGCUGUUCUGGUGCACAAGGUGCUGCUGCCGAACGCGGGCGCCGGCGCGGCUGGCGCACAGCUGCGCGACCAGCUGCAGCUGUUCUCGCAGCAGCUGCUGCACCACCGUCUCCGCUUCACCGCUGCCGGUGUCUUCACGGUUGACCUCACCAUACUCCUUUCCAUGGCUGGUGCCAUCACCACCUACCUCGUGAUUUAUUUGCAGUUCAACGAUACCAAAAAUAUUUAA